AUGAAAUUCUCCUUAGCUUUAUUAACUACCGUUGCUGCUGCUUUAGUUGUUGCUGCACCAACUCAAGCUCCUGUUGAAGAAGCUGAAGUUCCAACUAAUGAAACUGGUCUUGCUAUUCCAGAUUCUGCUGUUCUGGCCAUUGUUCCAUUAGACGGUGAAUUGGCUCCAGUUUUUGUUGAACUUGACGAUAUUCCAGUCUUGAUGAUUGUUAACACUACUGCUGUUGAAGAAGCCUACCAAGCUGAAGAAGAAGCUUACGAAGCCGAAGAAGGUUCUUCAGAUGUUGAAAAAAGAGAUGCCGCUAAAUUUAAAUUUAGAUUAACCAGAUAUGGUUGGUUCUCUCCAAACAAGAGAGAAGAGAUUGACGCCGAAGACAUUAUUGAUGCCGAAAAGAGAGAUGCUGCUAAGUUCAAAUUCAGAUUAACCAGAUACGGUUGGUUCUCUCCAAACAAAAGAGACAUCGGCGAUGAAGAAGAUAUCGUUGAUGCUGAAAAGAGAGAUGCUGCUAAAUUCAAGUUUAGAUUAACCAGAUAUGGAUGGUUUUCUCCAAACAAAAGAGAACUUGCUGAAGAAGAAGAAACUGUUGAUGCUGAAAAGAGAGAUGCUGCUAAGUUUAAAUUCAGAUUAACCAGAUAUGGUUGGUUCUCCCCAAACAAAAGAGAAGUUGCUGAAGAAAAUGACAUUGUUGAGAAAAGAGAUGCCGCUAAAUUCAAGUUUAGAUUGACCAGAUACGGUUGGUUUUCUCCAAACUAG